AUGUCGAAAGAUACUCGUUAUCUCAAGCAAACUCAUACUUACGUGUUUGUCCUAAUGUCAUAUCUUGGAAAGCUGCUAUCUCAAGAACUGCAAAUUCCCUUUAUCGAAGGAGAUGAAUUACACCCUGAAGCAAAUAUUAAUAAAAUGUCUUUAGGAAUUCCACUUAAAGAUUCAGAUCGUUAUCCAUGGUUACAAGACAUUAUAAAUAAUGUUUCGAAAUUAGCUGAUACAAAAAAUUCUCAAUAUAUUUUAGUAUCAUGUUCAGCAUUGAAAGCUGCUUAUCGUGAAUUUUUGAGAAAGAAUUUUAUUGAAAGAAAUAUAAUUACCUGGUUCGUUUAUUUAAAAAAUGACAAACAAAUAUUAAAAGAAAGAAUGCAGAGACGAGGAAAUCAUUUCAUGAAAGUGAAUAUGUUAGAGUCGCAAUUUAAAGAUUUGGAAGAACCAAUUAAUGAGGUGAACACUGUCACUGUAGAAGCCGAUAAUAAUUUAAGUUUGGUAAAAAAAAUUAUUCAUGAGAAUACGAAUAAAUACCUUCCACAGUUUCCACAGCAUACGAACAGCCAUAAUUAA